UCAGUCUUCUAGUUUACGUUAUCUUGUGAUGUUCACGUGAAGUUAUUUUUUUUUUUUUAUUGCGUUUUUAAAGAUUAAUAUUAAUCUAUAUAAUAAGAUUAAUUAUUAUUUUUAAUUAGUGAUUUAAUUGUUUAUUAUGGCUAAAAUUCGUCAUAUCAACUUUUUGUUGCUCAUGCAACUAACUGCAUUUGCAAUGGCCGAGAGUAAGUCAAAGACAAUCAAGUUAAUAACGGUUCAGAGUUGGGGAUCGGCUAAUGGAAAACCGGUGGAUAAAUAUACGUUAAAAAAUAAUGCUGGCCAAGAAGUAGAUAUCAUUACAUACGGUGCAACAAUAACUGGUAUCAGAUUACCGGACAAACAUGGCAAUGUUGAGGACAUCCUUCUUGGUUUCGAUGAUAUCUCUGGUUAUUUAUCUUCCGAUAAUCCGUACUUUGGUGCAACCGUUGGAAGAGUGGCAAAUCGUAUCGCUAAGGGUAGUUUCGUUAUCGACGGACAAAAAUAUCAAGUAUCGAGAAAUAUUGGAGAGAAUAGUCUUCACGGUGGUAUCAAGGGUUGGAGUUUUAAAGUAUGGAACGCUACCAUCGAAAAUGGGGCUGUAAUAAUGACUCUGUUAAGCGAGGAUGGGGACGAAGGUUAUCCUGGUGCUGUGAUAGCAUCGGCAACAUUUACAUUGUCGAAUGAUGGAGAAUUAUCGAUUGAAAUGAAAACUUUUACUACUAAACCGACACCAAUUAAUUUAACUAAUCACGCGUAUUUCAAUCUUGCCGGUCAUGGAACAAAUGCAGAAGAAUUAUACAAACAUCGAAUUGUUCUUAACGCUGAUCGUUGGACUGUUACCGAUGCGGACAGUAUUCCUACAGGAGAAAUUAGGUCAGUCAAGAACAGUAUCAUGGAUCUUAGAAAUCCUACGGUUCUUGGCGAUGUCAUUGAUAAAGUACCAGGUGGAGGAUACGAUUACAAUUUCUGUUUACCCGAAAAUAAAGAUAAUGGCAAUAAAAAUAGAUUAGUUGCGGAAGUCCAUCAUCCCAGUUCAGGUAGACACAUGACAGUUGUCUCGAAUCAACCAGGAGUUCAAUUAUAUACAGCCAAUUCUUUACCUGCUUCUAAUACCACCGGUAUACUUGGCAAAAAUGGUAAACAUUAUUUCCGACACGGUGCUCUCUGUUUGGAAACACAAAAUUAUCCUGACGCUGUUAAUCACCCCAACUUUCCAAAUAGUGUUUUGAGGCCGGGACAAUUGUACCUGCACACUGUCUCUUACAAGUUCGGGAUUAAGAAUUAAAUGAAUGUUUACAAUUAUGAGAAGUAUAAAAGAGGUAUAACUAAAUAAAAUAAUAUUAAUUCUGCAUUUUUAA